CACAUAAAAUCAUUGGGAAAUGUAAAACAAAAUACACACAAUUACUAAAAUUUUAAAAUAAUAGAAAAAGUUAUAACUUUGUACGUUCUAUCCUGUAUAAAAUAUUGAAUAGCUGCAAAUAAUAAAAGUUAUUAAAAACACAUAUUUAUCCUAUAUCUCUCUAAAGUCAACUAAUUUUUCGUCUCUUGUAUUGAAUUCUUUACUGCACUUUUUCAUCUGGAAAAACUCAUCAUCUUCCAACAUGUCUUCGACUCAUACAAAUGCACAAAGUAAUGAUAACAUUACAUCAGCUAGCAAAAACGUAGGUCACAGCAAAACAAAUUCUACUCAGAAUAGUAGCGGUUCUGAGAGCAUGGAUAAAGUAUCUCCUGAUCAGGAUAUAUAUAUAAAUCCGGCUGAUGGUUUACCAAGUCAACAUCCUACGUUGGCUGAUGGUGAAAUUGACAGCAAUGCGCAGCCUGAUGUAGACCCAGAUUCAUUUGAUGACUUACCCACAUCUAUUAUCGUCACUAAUAUACAUUCAGAGGUGUUUGCUAGUCCGCAAUUGAAACAGGAAAUGGAGGACUUGUUCCGCAUGUUCAGCGAUAAAGCUACAUUUCAGUGGUUGCGCAGUUUCAGACGACUCCGAGUAAACUAUGAUAAUGCUAUAGCGGCAGCGAAUGCUCGUAUUAAAUUGCACCAAUAUGAAUUCAAUAAGAAAACUGUAAUAACAUGUUACUUUGCACAACCGGUAACCCCAGUAUCUAACAAAAAUCUUCAGCCACCAGCUCCGGUGAAACAAUUCCUAAUAUCUCCACCUGCUUCUCCUCCAGCCGGCUGGGAACCUAGAGAAGAGAAUGAACCAUUAGUUAAUCAUGAUCUAUUGGCCGCUUUGGCUAGUUUAACUCCUGGCGAAUCUCAUGAGCUGCAUCCCCAAACCGAAGACCAGCCUGCAAUCAUUGUGCACACAGCACGAUUACCAGAAACUGCUGCAAUUGACAUUAGUGCCGGUUCAAAGUUGCCCAUAGUCCCAACUAAAUGCCCCGAAAGAGCAUAAACAAAAAAUCAAAAAGAAACGAAAAUAAUCAAGUCUUAAUGAAGUUUGAGUCAGACUUAACAUGUUGCAAACAACUAAAUUUAUUAAUUUAUAUUUUUUUUUUGUUAUAAGUAGGCUGUUGUUUGUUUUAAAACUAAAGCUAAUUAAUUAUACAUAAUAGAAAAGGACAAAAUAUGAGAAAACUCAGUGUUUUAAAUGUAAAAGAUUAAAGUUGUUAAAUAUUUGAAUUUCAGUUAGGUUUCGUCGUUCUUAUGUAAAAUACAUACGUACUGAAGCACCACUGGCUUAAACGAAAGAAACAAUAUUCAUUAUUUUUCUAUUAAUUUCAACAUGGAUUUCUUACACGCACAUUAUCGAUUUCUCAUGCUUACGACAGAUCUGAGAAUGGACUUGGAUUUUUUAACUGGUGAAAUCGAAACACACAAUUAACAGGAAAGUGCUUCGACACUUUGAAGUUCCUGAAACUGUCGCAUGCAUCGAAUCGAUCAAUGACUUUUUGACUUGAAACCAUACGAAUGAUAUUGUGAUUAAGUAUAAAAUAUUUAUAUAUUUUUAUUAGGUAUAAAACAAAAAAAUAAUAAUUUAUUACAAAUAAACCAUGAAUUUAUAUGUAUUACCUACAUAACUAAUUAGAACUCAUGGCUUGUAUGUAGGAUAAGUUUAUUUAUCACAAUUGCCUAAAAUUGAUCUAUUGUUAAAAAUGAAAUAGAUGUUAACAAGGAAUACAUUCUCAAUCACUUAAAUUGUGAGUAUAUACCCCAAAAAAUCUAAGCUAUUAAACAAUUUCUAUUCUAAUUAUACUGCAAUUGAAAAAUUUUUUUUUUAUGAAAACAAAUAACAAUUAAGAUUCGAAGAAUGUAAUAAUAAUUAUGUUAUCUCUUGUUGUACUAAUUUUAUUUCUAAUAUAAUUAUAAGAAAAUCAAACAAAACAGCUAUGUAUGUAUUUAUAUUAUAAGCUCUGCUUUAAAUGUGCCCAGAGCUUAUUUAGUUCAUACUGUAACACAUUAUUCAGCUACUGUAUUUGCACACUCAUCCUCAUCCUCACUUAUGUAUGUAGUUGAAUACAACUGAAACAAAUUUCUCCUUUCCUAAACCCUGCAGAGAAACACUUAAGAAGAAUUAUUAAAAAAUACUAUCGAAUCACAAAAUUACCUGUAUAUAGUUUAAGUUAAAAUAAAACAUGUAUGUAAUGGAAAAUGUUUAAUGAAUUUAAAUAAAUAAAAACAAAAUUAAUGAAGAUAUAUGAAUGUAAUCCAAUUAAA